UCAGUCUUGCACAGGUGUAUUGGCUCCUCCCCUUUAGUCCUGCACAGGUGUACCGGCUCCUCCCCUUCAGUCCUGCACAGGUCUACCGGCUCCUCCCCUUCAGUCUUGCACAGGUGUGCCGGCUCCUCCCCUUCAGUCUUGCACAGGUCUACCGGCUCCUCCCCUUCAGUCUUGCACAGGUGCGCCGGCUCCUCCCCUUCAGUCCUGCACAGGUGUCCUGGCUCCUCCCCUUCACCUGACUGGCCCUGGCCCCGCCCCGUUCAUUCACUGGAUUUCAGUUCCUUCAAUCAUGGAGGCUCAGUGUCACAUGUGGGCGUUACCUAUGCAAAUACAGCCUGCCUAGAAGAAGCAAACCCUCUCCAUGGU